CUCGCGAUCGAUACGUGACUCACGUCAAAGCUGACCGACAAAUUGAAUCGAACUGUCGACGCGAACGCUUCUGUCGGGAGGGUUACUACGAAAAUUUCAAGUAGAAGAAGAAUGCUGCAGGAUUACGAACUUUUUGCUCGUUUGUGUGAGAAACGCGGAAUUUCCUCGAUUCCCGAAAUCUCAGACGCGAUCAGAGUUAGCAGUAUCACCGGGGAGCUACGAUUGUCUUGCCUAUCGAUAAUGAUACCGGUCUGCGAGAUUAUAGCGCGGACGUUGGUGUCCAGCCACACGAUCAAAACUAUCGACCUGAGCGACUGCAUGUUACUGUCGAAGGGUCUCGCCAGUAUCCUCGACGCGCUUUGCCAAGGCACCACCGUGACGACUCUGCACCUGAAAGGCAACAACGUGAACGGGCCUGCUGUGGCCCAGCUGGGCAGGGUCUUCGCGUGUAAUAACACGCUCAAGCGGCUGCAUAUCGAGUGGAACAGCAUCGGUUCGGACGCGAACUCGUUCACCGCUUUUUGCGACGGUCUGGUGAAAAAUCACAACAUCGAGCAGCUUGAUCUUAGAUACAAUCAGAUAUCGUCGCAUUGUGCCGAGCAUUUGUGCAAGAUAAUACGCGCGAACAAGUCCUUGAAGAGCAUCGACUUAUCUUGGAAUACCUUGGGCCUGCAAGGCGGUCGACUGCUAUUGAACGCUAUGCGUGAGAACAAGACUAUCACCGACCUUAUGCUGCGCGGAAACUGCAUAUCUGAGGACAUCGCGCUCGCGAUCGAAGAACGAUUGCGGGAGAACCGUCGUACGACAAGUGAAUUCGUUUUAUCCGCCAACGUGGAGACGGUCAAGUCUCCGAGAACAACAGAAAGGGAGGAUCUCGUGGCGUCUAUAAUGAGUGACGAAAUGUUUCUCCAAACCGCUCGUAUUCGGAAGCAAAGACUCCCACAACGAAGAGAGAAACUCAAGACACGAGUUUAUCAAGUGCCUGAAGAUAUCUUGGAAGUAAAUUCGAAAGACGACUCGGAAAUAGAUUCGGAAGUAAACGUAGAAGCCGAGAACGAUAGCAAAAUUGAUUCUAAUGUGAAUAUCUCUUCAAAAGAUCGCGAUAACAGGGUGAACGAAAUGGACACCAAAAUCGCCGAUCUCGGCAAAAUGCUGCAGGAACGUACCGCGGCGAUUGAUCUGUUAACCGGUGAGAUUGCAACGAAAGUCACGGAAAUGAAUGACACGCGGGCACAGCUGAACUUGCUGCAGACUCAGAUUAAUCAGUUCCAGGAGGAUAAGGAGAAGUUCGAUUCGAACAAGGCGAGGGAAAUCGCGGAGUUGCGAAAGAAUUACGACCAGGCGGAGGAAAACUGGCGGAAGAAUUACAAGGACUUGAAGAACAAUUUUAACGAAUGCUCGCGAAGUAAAAAGGAAGCGGAAUCUAAAGUUCACCGAUAUGAAACGGAGAUUCACAGAGGCUCGUUGAAAAUUAACCUGCUAAGAGACAAACUCGUCUUUGCUACACGGACGUAUGAUGAUCUACUGUCGAAAACCAAGACUGAAAUUCAUCGUAUGAGAAGAGAAUGGAGAGAGCGCGACAACAAGCACAAAAUAGAGCAGAAUUUGUUGAAAAACACGCUCAAGGAGACCACGCAGGCUUUAGAGGAUUGCCAAAUCGAGCUGCAAAAGAGCAGAAAAGAGUCGCGUGAUCUGCUCAAGAGUCAAACUCUUUUAAAAACUAAGUUGGACGAUGCUGAAUAUAAAAUUCUUAGGUACGCGAAUUUGGAAGGAAAACAUAGAAAAAUAGAAGAGGAGAAAAACAUGUUGGAGGAGAAAUUAGCUGAUUCCCAAAAAAUUACGUCCUCCUUACAGCGUCAGAUUGAACAUCUUCAGAGCGAACUGGUCGAGCCUCAAAGACGUGAAAAUUUGCUCAAGGAGGAACUAGAAUUAGAAAAACUAACGAACGAGAGAUUAAAACGAGAACUUCAUGAGGACAGCGCCAGACAGAAAGAUCAAAAUCUCCAAAUGGAAAAGAUGAAUCAACAAAUCAUUCUAUUGAACUCACAACUGAACGACAUUCGAGUUACUCACGCCGAAAUAUUACACGAGAGGGAAAAGGAGAGAAAACAAUAUCAAGAUAUUAUUUCGAGCAAGGAACGUUAUAUCUCCGAAUCGCGCGCUGAGGAAGUUCAAAGAGCCGGCCAACUCUACGCGGCUUUUAAUAAAUACUUAAGUUCUAUAGCACCGAAUGCCACUUUAUAAUUAUUCUUUAAUACUGAUAAAUAUUGUGUCUGAAUAAAGACCUAUUAUAAAUUA